GAUAAUUGAAAUAUAGCAGAAUUAUAUUGUAUUACUUUAUGAGUAAAUUGUUGUAACCACUGGGGGGCAGUAGUUGUCUGAACGUUUACUCACGAAAAGAAGAGAAGAAGAAUUUGUUGCGUGAAGUAGCAACGCUAUAGCAUUGAAUAGUGAGGGAGUUGAUUGGCGUGAGCUGCUGAGCAUCUGUGUGAAGAUGUGUGACCACAGUGAGGAUGUGGAUGAGCUAUCAGCCAGUGAUGACUCUGAACCUGAAGAACAGCCCAACAGAGCUCCCUUUGACCCAGAGCUGGACCAUGAUGAUGAUGAUGAUGAUGAUGAUGAUGAUGAUGAUGAUGAUGACAAAAACAACGGGGAGGCUGUAUUGUCUGCUCCAUCUGCUCAGAUGUCCUUCAGUCUUAAAGGAGGGAGCUCAGCUUUCUCUGACCGCAGCCACAGCAUCUUUGACUGUCUGGAUACCUCGCUGAGCUCUUCCACUAAGAAACAGGAGUUUGUCCAGCCUCAACCGCCACACUCCAACAGAAAGACGGGUCCGUCUUCACCCAUCAGCCCUGCGCCACCAAAGAAAAAGGGAGUCCCAGAUUAUCUGUUGCAUCCUGAGCGCUGGACCCACUACAGUCUGGAGGAUGUGCCUGAAACCAGUGAUCAUGACAACCGUACGGCUGCUCACCAGUUCCUGUCUAGUCUGCAGAAGGAGAAACAGACUGAUUCACCCUGUGAUGUUGAGCAGAAAAUGGUCUUCUCGAGACCCAAGCGACCACUAAAUGUGCAGGUGGCUGGUCAGCUCUCAACUGUCAGAGGAAACCAGAGGGAAAUGCACCUGAGUCAUCUGGAGGAACAGGAGGACGAGAAGGAGGGUAGUGAAAACGGAAAAUCUAAGGGAAGAGGAAAAGCGCAGAGUGAAGGUAAGCGAGAGAAGAAAGACACAAGAAACAAAAUAGAAAAAACAGAGCAAGAGAAACUGGAGAAAGAAAAAGACAAAGAGGAGGAGCUAGAAGAGGUGAACUGUGGUUUUGCAUCCUUCAAGAAGACGAAAACUAAAAACUACAGGAAGAGUUCAGAGAAGGGUGACAGCUGAGCAGAAAAUGAAAUAAAAACAAAAACAGGAUAUUUUACUUCUGUUAUACCUGUUCCCAAGUUUCACCAAAGCACCAGCUAUCAAACAGGAUCUGACCAAACCCAGUUUCAUUCACUGUUGCAUGCAUUGUGUAACAAAGAAAAACAACUGUAUUUAUUUACAUUGGGUGAUCGGCAAGCUUUUAUUUUUCAAAUUAUACUGUUACUGUUUGAUGGACACUUUAUCAAAUAGAAUAUACAGUACCUAAGAGGGGGCCGAAACUGGCAUACAUGUUGGCUGAAUCCCAAUCAGCCUGAAAUCUGUGUUGAGCUGAGGUUUAUAAAACUUAUGUGUAUGUGUUCUUGACUAUAGUGAAGUAAUGUUGAUCCUAAACAUCAGUGUUUUUUUGUAUUCUCUCCCCUGACAAAUCUUUAAAAAUAAAGCUGUUCUUAUUUUACAAACAAAAA